AUGUUAUUCAUGGAAUCCUAUAUGUGUUAUUGCUCGGUGCGACUGGGAGUCAUUAUCGUAGCUGUUUUGGCCAUCAUUCGAGCCUUUGCUCAGAGUUUAACUCUUUUCCUGAUGGGCGUAAAAUUCUUUGAGCCCCUGAUCGAUUUGUUUGAGCACGAUGUGGAGUACAGGGACAAGGGCUGGGUUAGAAAAUACAUCAGUUUUAGUCAAAACUCUCCCGAAAGCUUCUGUGCUGUUUUUCACGUAAUAGCAUUUGCUCAUAUGGGUGCUGCUGUCUUAAGUAUUUAUGGUGCCUUGAAGUUACGAAAAUGGUUUGUGAUUCCCUUGGCAGUUUUCGAGUUUUUUUACGUCGUUAGCUUUACGUUCCUUCACAUUGUUCUUAUGAUCAUGCUGAAGAAGCUGAUUAACUUGGGCUAUCUUAUAAUUCUUACUAUUCUGGGCUGCUUCUACAUACUUUUCUUGGGCUACAAUGCCUGCACCUGCGUGGCCAUGUUCCAGAUAAUCACCCUGGUGAAGAGUGCCCGUUACCGCGAGAUCUAUGGCGAUGAUCCAUUCCACCCGCUGGCCAUGCGGACCAGUCACCAGAGGGAAUCCGAGAAGCCGCUCCAGGUGCUCCGGAUGCACGACAUGCACGACACAAACAUCGAUGAGCAGAAGCGGCUGAGCAAGUUGGGAUUGUGGCCACGCCGUCAUCCGCCGGUGGUGUCCGUCCUGCCCAGGCAGCCGGAGUAUCCUCAGCCGCAGUUAAAGUGGUGGCAGCAGCAGGCCUUGAGCACGUCCGAGGACCACUCGCAGGAUCAGUCCGUCCACCGCAACUGGCAGCCCAUGGAGCUCCUCAAUGGCGUGGGCGGCGAUGUGCAGCGCAAAAGUGACCUGAAUCGACGGUACGCCGAAAAUCAGCUGCAUCGAUGGUACUGAUCCCUCGGCUUCACUUUCAGUAACAUUUUAUU